GAGAGAGGGCCAUGUGAAAAAGGGGUGGAGGGGAGGAGAGAUUUAGUGCCCUGCUGGAUGAAACAACCCCCCACUAACUAACGGAGAGGGAAAGUAGUCUAAUGGGAAGAAAGGAGGGGGUGUACUGUUCAUCAAACACUCAAAAGACACGCAGGAAGCCUUGAUCGUUCCCAACAAUGAGAUCAGAAAAGUUGUUCCUGUGGUGAUAUGGACCAAAGCAAAUACCUGACACUUGUGUCAGAAAAUAGUGAAAGAUGAUGACUUUUUGAAUUCCUUGUUUGAUGUGACAGUCUGACUAAAACCCAAAUAUAUUUGAUAUAAUUAUCAUUAACAACAAAGAAACAAAAGUAAAUCCUGACAUUUAAUCGUCAAGAAUCCAUUAGAGUUUUGGCUUGAAAAGGGACGGAUAAACAAUGUUCUGUUGAUCAACUAUUGGUUCAACUUGAGUACAGAUAAAGACAAAUACUGUAAGUGCUCUGACGGGCCAUUUCCUCUGCAGAGGAGAUUUGUGUCUACUGUAAAGCGUAGGACCCGAACAACAACAACAACAACAACAACAACAACAACAACAACAGCAGGAGGAAUAGACAGUACAAACGUACGUAGUGGCAGUGCAAACGUCAGAGAAGAGGAAAGAUGUCUAGAACCGAAGAGGUCAACAAGAUGACAGAAAAUGUCUACAAGGGGAUUUUGGACCAGUUCAACCCCAGUCUGAAGAACUUUGUGACCAUGGGGAAACACUAUGAGAAAGCCCUGACAGGAGUAACCGUGGCUGCCAAGGGCUACUUUGAUACCCUGGUGAAACUUGGAGAACUAGCGAGCGACAGCCAAGGCUCCAAAGAGCUGGGGGACACGCUGUUUCAAAUGGCCGAGGUACACAGGCAGAUUCAGGUGCAGCUGGAAGACGUGUUGAAACUGUUUCAUUCUGAGCUGCUUGCCCAGUUGGAGCAGAAGCUGGAGCUGGACAUCAAAUAUCUCACAGCCACUUUGAAGAAGUAUCAGAGCGAGCGGAGGUCUAAAUCGGAGUCUAUCGAGCGCUGCCAGUCCCAGCUCAAGAAGCUCCGCAGGAAGAGUCAGGGCAGUCGUCACCCCAACAAAUACGGAGACAGAGAGAUGCAGUUUGUGGAGUUAAUGAGUCGUCGCCAAGGCGAGCUGGACACGCUGGUCGCCGCCGGUUACAAGUCGGCGCUCACCGAGGAGAGGAGGCGAUACUGUUUCCUGGUGGACAGACAGUGUUGUGUCACCAAACUGCUCAUCAACUACCACUCCAAGGUGAGAGAGCUUCUAUCACAGAAACUUUCAUCUUGGCAGCAGUCAUGUUCACAGCCGACGAAACUCCCAGAGCGCGCUCUGAACCUGCUGCGUCACACUGCGCCUCAAAGCCCGGGGGCUGCUGGGAUAGCUGAGGUCCUCCGCCACACCAAGCUCGGCUCCACUCAGCCAGAACAGAGGCUCUCUGUUCAGGAAGUCCCUCCUCUGUUGAACGGAGACUCUAGUCGCUCACAGCAGCAGCGCUCGCUCCCGUCUUCCUGUGACGCCUUCCCUCCUCAGGGCUCCCCCCAGACUUUCCGAUCUGUGCCAUCCACUGGAGGAGCUGCUGGAGGUUCAUCUCGAGGAGCUUCUCCACAGCACACCAGCACACCCCUCAGUGCCUCUGUCAGCCCCCUCCCUGACAGCAGCACCAGCACCAGCGGAAGCGCCAGCCCGGCCGUAUCCACUCCCACCAUGUCAAGUGGUUCGGGCCCGCAGGGCUGCCUCCUCCUCGCCACCAACACGUCCAACCUCUCCCCGAGCCUCAUCCCCUCUACGGUGAUGUCUCUCAGCCAGGUCUCCCCAGCCAGCGGCCUCUUGCACGGCAUGACCCUCCCCAUCCCACACAGUGCCCCGCACAGUCCUCCGCUGCCCCACAGUGCUCCUCUCUCCAGAGCCAUGACUCCUGUGCAGCUGUUGCACCAACAGGUGGGUCCAGCAGGGAGCAACACUUCAUCACCAUCACAUAAUCCCUGGCUGCUGAAGGCUGCAGAAAUGUGUUCUACAGCAACACUCCCACUGCCGAGGAGACCCGUCAGUGAAAUGAGACUGGGCGGCUUCCAGGGUUCUAGUCUCCCCAGGAUGCUGCCGUUGUCCGGACCCAUACGUGUGGAGGCCAAGUUUCCUCACGCUCCUGGAGCCUCGGAGGGCGGUGGGGGAGGGGGCGGGGCUUGCUUACUGCACUUCCUUGCCGGUGACAACAUCUCCCUGCUCAUCUCUGAGCCCAGAGACGGAUGGCACUAUGGUCAAAAUGAACGGACUGGACGGAAAGGCUGGUUCCCUUUCUCCUACACUCAGCCACACCACAGCAAGAUGGAUCACCUGGAGAGCUCCCUCUUCUUAUCUAAAGCUAACAGCACCAGUACCGGCCAGCUCGACAAGCUGGUGUCUCCAGGUCUCCCAGCUCUGACCCCCGAGUCAGAGGAGGAGCGCGCCCUUCCUCCCCAGAGGGUCAGCACCUUCCGCCCGCGCCCGUACAGCAUGGCCGACAGCAACAAGAUCACCUCAGAAUUGGCCUCUUCACCUCCUUCCCUGUCCAGGCCCAAUCCAUUUGCCCACAUACGACUCAGAAAAACAGUCACCAAUGAUCGCUCCGCUCCAAUCAUUGAGUAAAUGUUUGAUUCCUACUGCAGGGAUCCGGUUUUCUCAGGCUGAGGACGGAGAUCCAGGACAGUCCUGGAAACAGCUCAUUGGAUUAUUGUAACUCUUUUGAAUAAUAUUUUACUUUGAAUGUUCUUUUUUUUGCAAUUUAAUCAAAUACAGAAAUAUAUCAAGUAUGUGUGAGGGCUGACCUGCUAUAAAAAUGAUUACGGUCCACUCACUGUUAAGGUUAUUAAUAGGAGAAAUUAGAAACAAGACCUCUGUGAUGUCUGAAAGUUUUGUUUGUGGAAUAUGUGGAAUAUAAUUGAGCGUAGUUUUUAUGAAACAGAGGUAUGACGUUUGGCUGUACUUAGCUUGUACUACUCUGUAUCUUGCUCUUUCAGAAUAACUAACAUUUUUAGGUUUGUACCAGCCUGAAAAGGAUGCAUCUUGUUUCUCUUACCAUUUUACAGUGCAAUUUUUUUUUCUUGGCAUAACCUUUAAUGUUGUGGUUUUUUUGUGCCAUAUUCAGAAAAGUUUUCUUUUGUCAGCUGAUCUAGGGACUGGCUCCUAAUAGCAGGUUUUUAACUUUCACCUGGAUUGUGAUGAAGUGUUAUGGGAAGAGGACAGGCUCCUACUCAAAAAGUACUAUUACAAUAUUAUAUUUUUUAGAAAAGAUGCCAGAUUGUUACAUACUCUUGCUUUCGAUCAAGGUGUAUUUUCUAUUUUAAAACGUAGAAUAUUGACAUUGGUGCAUUACCUUGUUUUUUGUGUAAAUUUGACUUUACAAUUAAUGAACGUGGGCGAAGAUGUUCGAGUGAACAAGUCCCUGUCUUAUGUUUAUGACUUUUAACAUGACACAUUAUGCUGCUGGAAAGUUACAUAUUAGUAUUUUAUGAAUGUAGAUUUUUGGAUUAGUUUACCUCUUUGCCUGAACUCAACAUAAAAAUACACUCAAAUGAUAAAGCAAUGAGAUUUUUUUCAUCUCUGAGUUAAAUCCUCAAGAAUGUCCUUAUUUAAUACAGAGCAAUAGGAAAUACAAAACAAAGAAAGAGAAAAGCAGACAAAAAUCGUGAUGGCAAAUAGUUGAACAAUUGGAUGGAGUUAUUAUUGAAAGAAUUGUUUUUCUUAUAGAAAGUAGCAUUUGUGGAUGGUUCAAAGUCUUCAGAAUGAGAAAUUGGCAUGCUUAGUCUUUGGAUUUGAUGUCUUCUUGAUUCAUUUUCAGUCCCAUAUCUAAAGCUAUUCAACAUCUAAACGAGUUGAUCUUAGUUGUAUAUGUACCCAUCAGACUGAGCAGAAUCUUCAAGAGAGAUGCGAAAGCUGAGAGUUUUAUUUGAGGAAAUGUAUCUAUGAAAGUGAUAAUGAAGGAAUACGGGAAGUUGACCAAUGUCUGAGCAAGUGUUCAUGGUAAACUAGAGAUAUCCAAAAUAAUAUUCUGUAGCUCUUUAGUUGCCUGCAGCGGAGUGGUGAAAUUUUGCGUCCUUGCAAACUGAAAUGGUUGUUCAUCUGUUGUAACUGCUUUGAGUUGCUGUGAUAUUUUAGCAGCUUUAAGUUUCACAACAUCGCCCACAAUGUGUUGUAGAAAAAACUCUCUAACAUCAGAUAUAUUACUUUGAGUAGUGGGGCAUCAUUAACAAAGAUGACAGCAAAGUGAUAGAGCUAAUGUUUAUUCAUGCAUAUUGAUAGAGCUAAAAAUGUGAUUGUAUGACUUUUAUUUGAUUUCUUUUUAAAAUGAAAUUUCACUUUGGUCGAACAUUUUGACUUUGUAGAAGCCGCAAAAGUGGUAAACCUCCAAUUCUAGAAACUGUGUAAAUCUGUCAUGUUAUCCAAAUUUCUCUCUCCUACUACCCAGUAAAAAUACAGAAUGACAUAUUAUUAACCUUCAUUGAUUUGAACGUGUUUUGUAACUGAGAAUAUGGAUUCACGUAGACCAUUGAACAAAGGCAACCUGUGAUUUUUGUAGCGGCCCAUAUUAGUGAUCCCUGAAUCCAAAAUAGAAUUAAAACAUGUACUUGGUGAUACCGUGAGAAAUAUUAAGAAUCAAAUAAUUUUGCCCAUAGAGUGCUUAAAAACAAUUGUAAAAUUUGGCUGUUGAAAUUAUUUAUAGAACAAUAACGUACUCUAUGUGCCUCUCAGAAAUAUAUUUGAAUGUUUAUUAAAAAUAUAAAUGUUAUAAAUAUGUAAUAACGUGAAUUUUACAGCAAGUCUACAGGUUCAGAACUCUUCCUCCGAAGUGAAAUGUUGUUUUAACAUUGCACACCAAUUUUACACAGUUCCUUGGUUCUGUAAAACAAAGCGCAAUGUAAACACUUGGCCUGUUUCUGAAUUGCAUCAACAUGAAAUCAUGGCGACAACUGAAGAUAUUACGAUUUUGGAUAUUGCUGAUGAAAGACACUGUACCUGAAAUACUGAAUAUUGACAUGUGAAAUUAAAGUUCUAUGAUAGAAA